AGGCAGCAGCGACGAGAACAAAACACGCUGCGGUGUUGAAAUCACAAACAUGAUGAGAGUCCUGCUGCUCACCAGUCUUCUCCUGACAGGUGCGAGGUGCAAAAAGGACGUGUUUGUGUACAGCACAGUUGGAGGAGACGCUCUUCUUCCAUGCAUGGUGUCCUCAGACUGCUCCGCCAUCUCCUGGACCUUCUUUAACAAAGGCACGGACGUGCGCUUCGUCCAUGAGGUCGUCAAUGGGAAGGUGACGGCCGAUUCAGAAAAAUCCAGCCGUAUGACCUUCGCAUCCAACUGCUCCAUCAGCCUCCGCAACCUCAGGGUGCGGGACGCUGGAUCCUACGUCUGCCUGAGGAACGACCAGCCUGUCACUGACGUUUACCUCUCCCUCCUCACAAUCUCGUCUUUCUCCACCUUCACCGACCUCCAGCCUGGAGGAAUCCUCUCCUUGACCUGCACCUUCUUCACUUAUUAUGACGCAGGGAGCUGCAAGUCAUACUCAAAGAGCGUGUUCGGCCUGAGCUGGGUGGAUGAGGAUGGGAGAAAGCUGCCCAACAACAGCAGGUACAACCUGACCAGCCACACUCGCUGCAACAUCACUCUGGUGACAAAACUCCAGAAGGACGACAACAACAGGAGGUGGAGGUGUCUGGUGAACACCACAGAGAACAGCAGAGCCGUGUUUCUGGACUUCAGGUCUGCCUUUUUGUUCCAAAAUAAUGAUGAUGACAGCCUGAAUCCUUCGGUCACGGCGAUGUGUCAGGUGAAGCUGCCCAUCAGCCGCAUCGUGCUCUGUGUGGCCCUCCCGAUCAUGGUGAUCAUAGUGGCAUUCUUCACGUGGAAGUCGGACCGCGAGAGGGCCAAAGCAUCAGCAGAAUCCUUCAUGCUCCACGAGAUCAACUGACCGUCCAUCACUGCAGGAUUUUUGUACUAUUUUCACUUCUCUGGCCCCUUUUCAAUCAUCACAUCCUCAUGGAUCCUGUAAGAGAAUACUACUACAGUUAUGUUGCAGUAUUGUAUUAUUAAUGACAUAUUUUAUUAAUAAUUUGUGGAAAAUUUUAAUGCAAA